AAAGCCAAAAUCUGUCCACAAAAGAAAAAGUCAAGUGUCCCCAUGAGCAAAUCUAGGAGAGCAAAACUCCCAAGCCUAGCCCAUCUCCCGCCACGUGUACCCUUUGCAUGUUCCCCGACGAACUGACCCUCCAAACACCUGUCACCAAGGCCGCCCCGCCUGCCCUUUCCCUUUCCAUUCCAUUCCCCCUUCUUCAAUUUCCCCUUCCAUACCAUCCCCCACCCCCUCCCUCCCCUGCUCUCAAAAUGUCUGAUAGGCAAGGCGGCUCCGGCCAAGCCCCGACGAGACCACCCAGACCCGCCGCCCCCACCCACCCAUUCCUGCGCCGCCUCCACGACCAUGCACCCAACUCCACCCAGCUCCUCGGCUUCACCGCCCUGGUGGUUUCCGGGGGGAUCCUCCUCCUCCUCACCGGCCUCACCAUCACCGCCGCCGUUUUGGGCCUCAUCUUCUUCACGCCACUGCUCGUCCUCUCCAGCCCCAUAUGGCUGCCGAUCGGCGCCGUCCUCUUCGUCGCCAUCGCCGGGUUCCUCUCCGUGUGCGGCUUCGCCGUGACGGUCGUCGCCGCUUUGUCGUGGAUGUACAGGUACUUCAGGGGCUUCCACCCGCCCGGCUCCGACCGGGUCGACUACGCCCGGAGCCGGAUCGCCGACACGGCGAGCCACGUCAAGGACUACGCUAGAGAGUACGGAGGGUAUUUGCACAGCAAGGUGAAGGACGCCGCGCCCGGCGCCUGAUGAACCCCAUUCCCUUAGAAGCAAAGGGUGGUUUUCUUUUCUUCUUUUUUUUUUUUGGGAACUCUGUGUCGGUGUACGUUUCUUGUCUGUGCUUCUGGUUUUUGUCUUAUCUGGAAAUCCGUGGUGUUUGGUUAAUUUAAUUAGGUUCCUUGUUAA